AUUUCUGCCAUAAAUUAAAAGAAUUGCCUUUCAAUUGGAUUUUAUCUUUAAUAUAAGAAACGAAUGCUUUAAAUAAGUCAUAAAAACAUUAAUUAAACAUGACAUCGUUCUACGAAAGGCAAAAGAGUCUCUUCAAUACAUUGAAGGACGCAGAAGAACAAUAUAGUUUUUCCAAAUCUAACAAAGCUUCCGAAUCACAAGACUACGGUGUUAUUGACAAACAAAGUUAUAGAAAACUUAAACGAGAAAUGAAGCAGUUCAGAGGUAGAGAAAGCAUUUACAAGCGCCAAGACGCUAAUAUCCGAGAAUGUUUACGAGCUAAAACAGUUCCACAAUACAUGAAAGAUCCUCAAAACUGGGUAUACUAUUCUUUGUCUGAUGUUACACCAGAUCAAAUGUCAGAAUCAACGAACACAGCAACAGCUCUUGCUUUUAUUCGAGAAAUGGAGGAAAGAGAUUCAGAUAAAUUUUUAACUGUUACUGAUGAAACUGGGGCAGUUUUUAAGAAACCUAUGUUUCAGAUAUCAAAGACUAUUAAGCCUAAUGUUGACGUAGAAGAAAAGGUUAUGUUCAAAAGUAGUAAAAUAAUUAUGCCCGAAUAUGUAGUAGGUGUGACGCGGAAUAGAGGAAAAAAACAGACUAACAAAAAAACUGAUAAGAUUGUAGAAAACUCUGAUAAUGAAAAAAGGGCUGAACUUAAAUUAAACCAUCUGUUUGAUGCUGAAGAAGACUGCAUUAGUGAUUAAUUAAAUAAAUAACUUGCUUUAUUUAAAAGAUACAUAAAUCGAUUAUGUAAUUAAGCUAUAUACUGAUGUAGUAUGAGGGAAUAUAUUGAUUUCCUCUUUUGUUUUUAAUUAAAUUUGUAUUAAUGAAAUA